CCAGAGCAGAGGUCGUGAGUCCUGGGGUUUCCAGGUGGUACAACGGGGGUCUUCUUUCUCUCCUUGCAGAGGCACCAUGACCUUCUGGAAGUUCACUCCCUUUCUGGCUUUCAGCAUCUUGGUCCUGUACCAACUGACUGUUCUCCAGGGGAUGCCCAUCAGACCCCCCCCAGAAAACCCUGGAGAAUCUGCUGAGUAUCCUGAGGAGGACCCAUCCCCCCUUCUGUCUGAACUGGUAAAGGCCUAUGUCCAGAUGAAGGCCAGUGAGAUGAAGCAGCAGAAGGAGAACCAGGGCUCUAAGAUCUCUACCCAGAAGAGGUAUUGCAACACGGCCACCUGCCUGACCCACCAGCUGGCAGGCUAUCUGAGCGCAGCUGGAGCUGGGGGUAGAAACAACAUGCUGCCCACCAACAUGGGCUUCAAAGUGUACAACAACCGCCGCCAGGGAAAGCACCGUUAAAAUGGCAGAGUUGAAUGACUCCAGAAAGAAGGUCACAGUGAAGCUGAUGAACUCUACUCUUAAUUUAAAAUCAUAACUUGAAGGAAAAAUUGCAUGCAUAUCCUUCUUGAAAACUUCUUCUGCUGAAAUAAAUGGAGUCUAAAUAAAAUGCAGAAUAAAAUUAA